AUGGCGGAAUCUGGAAGGAAUAAAAUGGAAGAGGCUCCUAGUGCUGAAAUCAAAUUUGAUGAAAAUACACUCGAGGAAUUACUUCGAGAAAACGGACUAUUACCUGCUGCUGAAAAUGUCCCGAUCGCCGGUGGUCAACAGGUUAUCGGGGAAGAAGAUCGUAUUCAUAUAAUUGAUGUCCCUCUUGCUGAACAAGCCUUAAAAGCUCUCAGAAUCUUUACGUUACCCGAACCCGAAGAGCUAGCAGAAAAGGGGUUAGCUUCGAAUGAUAGACAAGAUCGUACGCCAAAAGAACAAGAGAAACCACCUGCCUCGCCUGUCCGAUCUCCCAUCAUUCUCCGGAUUAAGAGGAACAUAUUCGGUGUUCAGGAAGCUUCCAUAUGUGAGCAACCUGUUCGUAAAGAAGCAAAAAGAGAGGUGGAUGAUGCUACUGCUGCAAGGCCAGAUGAUAUGCCGAGUACAUCGAGUGAAUGUACGAGUUCCAUCCAGCAAGGUGAUGAAGCUACUGACGAAGAGAAAGCUUUUAUCGAUGAAAUAUUACCGCUUUGUGGAUCAUUUGAGCCUGUCGAUUACACCGAUCCCGCCUGGUAUUACAAACUUAAAAAGACCAUCUUUUUACGAGCCCAUGAGCUGGCAGAGAAGAAUCAGAAUGCAAGGUCAAGGGGUGACGAAUUACGAAAACGUAAUGAGGAACUUCGAAGUUUGCAUGGCAGUAUCAUUUUACAAGAUGUGACCAGUGAGCCUCAAUAUUCAUUUGAUCAGAUUAUCACAGAUCCUAACACUGAUGAUUUGGGUCCUCAAUUCCAAGUUUUCCCAGGUGCCAGCCUUGAGGAAUUGAAUGCACAGUUUCCAAUUUUCCCGGACCCUAGUAUUGAGGAUUUGAAUGCUGAGUUUCAACUUCUGUCAGAUCCCAUCGCUGAGCAUCUGAACUCUGAACAUCAAGGUUUACCACAUGGUAGCGAUAAAAAUUUGGAUCCUCAGCAACCAAAAUGGUUUUAG